GUCAAAAGAGUCAGUGCAGAUAUGCUCUGAGAGGAAGUGAAACGUGUUGAUUGGAUAAAGAGUGCGAGCGGCCUUUAAAAUAGAUUAAAUGCUCAAUUUCCAGCAACGCAGGGCUGUGGAUGGACUAUUUUGCUGAUCCAGAAUGCUGAGAAGAGGAUGAAUCUUCCAGGUCAUCUGAGUCACCCACGUGUCUUUGCCGCUCUCCCUCCCCAACAGCCCUCUCGUCCCACUGGGGCACCAUCUGCCUCCCCACACUCCCCCCAUUGCCCCUGCCCGGCUCCCUCCCCCCUCCCCUGCCCCCAGUAGUGACCGUCCCAGAGGGGAGGAAAGGCGAGCCAGCCCCUGUAAAUAUGCCUGGAUGGAGGUCUCAGUGGCGUCUCGUCCUGCUGAACUCCCUGACCUGUGGCCUGGAGAUCUGCGUGGCAGCUGGGAUCACAUACGUGCCCCCGCUGCUGCUGGAGGCUGGAGUGGAGGAGCGCUACAUGACCAUGGUUCUAGGUAUCGGUCCAGUGCUUGGCCUCCUGUUUAUCCCUCUGAUCGGCUCGGCAAGUGACCACUGCAACAGCAGUUAUGGCAGGCGACGACCCUUCAUCUGGCUGCUGUCUUCAGGUGUCCUUGUGGCACUUCUGAUCAUUCCCCAUGCUGACAUCUUGGCUGCUCGCCUUGCCUGGGGUGGACGCACCCUUCAGGUGGGCUUCCUCAUCCUCGGGGUGGGACUCCUAGACUUUUGUGGACAAGUGUGCUUCACGCCACUGGAGGCUCUUUUGUCUGACCUGUACCGGGACGAGGAGGACUGCGGUCAAGCCUUCGCCAUGUUCUCUUUCAUGGUCAGCUUGGGAGGAUGUGUGGGAUAUUUGCUGCCUGCGCUGGACUGGAGUCAUGGUUUACUCUCUGUUUACCUGGGAGGCCAGGCUGAGUGCCUGUUUUCCCUCCUCAUCCUUAUCUUCAUCUCCAGCGUGCUCAUCACCAUGAAGGUGUCUGAGGAACCCUCAUUUGCCAGCAGUGGCUUGGCAGGGUCUGGAUCUUUAUUGGAGUCAGGGGCUGGCGUGAUGGAGGCUGGCCGCUGUGGCGUGCCACGCUCAUGCUGCUACCUGCUGAAGUGCAAACUGAGGCUGCUUAAGUCAGGUCCCCUGCUGUGUUUACUGAGAACAUGUUGGUCCAUGACUCCAGCCAUCUACAGGAGCUACUGCCACGUCCCACGAGUGAUGAGGCAGCUGUGUGUGGCUCAGCUCUGCAGCUGGAUGGCUGUCAUGUCUUUCAUGCUCUUCUACACAGACUUUGUGGGGGAAGGCCUGUACGAGGGCGUGCCCAGUGCAUUACCAGGAAGUAUGUCCAGGCAGCGAUACGAUGAAGGUAUCCGUAUGGGCAGCCUGGGCCUGUUCCUGCAGUGUGCUACCUCAACCUUCUUCUCCCUGGUCAUGAGUCACUUGGUUAGGCACUUUGGCUCACGCUGGGUGUACGUGAGCAGCAUGGUGAGCUUCACGCUCUCUGCUCUGGUCAUCUGCCUGUCAAAGAGUGUUGUCUUGGUCACUUUCAUGGCAGCUCUUACUGGCUACGCAUAUGCCACGCUGCAGACUCUGCCUUACACUCUCACCUGCCAUUACCACAAGGAGAAAGAGGUCUAUAUGCCAAAAAGGAAACCCAAAAGCAUACACAAAAAUGGUAUUACAACCAAGCGGGACUCUGUGUAUUUGACUCCUGUGGAAGAGGAGGGUGGACUGAACCACAAAACGGGGGUUCCUUAUGGACAUGCCUUCCUCAGCCAGGACGCUUACGAGUACUACCCCACCCCACUCAGCCAGAACGGCUCCUCUCACAGCUCUGGCGGCACCGAGCCGGACGAAGCGGAGUUGGGGUACGAGAAACGAGGUGUGGGUUUGGACUUUGCCAUCUUGGACAGCACCUUCCUCCUCUCUCAGGUUUUCCCCACCCUGUUCAUGGGCAUGAUCGUUCAGUUCGCACAGUCCGUCACUGCCUACAUCGCCUGCUCCGCCAUCUUUGGUGCUGUCGCCAUCUACCUGGCCAGUCAUAUCGUCUUUGAACAAAAGGACCUCAAAUGCUGAGAUUCAGGGUGAAAGACGUGGGAGUGAUUGAAUCAUAAAUAAUCAAAACAAUCAUUCAGGUUUCAUGGGUUGAACUCAGCAGUGCACUACUGUUCCCAGAAUGCCUUGCUCUACGACUGUGCUUGCUUUUAUGAAAGCUAAAGGAAAUGUGUGAGAAAGUGGCUGAUAACAGAAAAUAUUCCUUGUUACAGCCGGGAUCGUUACCUGCCAGCUGAGUCUCUGUACUGAAUACUGUUGAAUUCUAUUGAAAUCCCCCUAAAAACCUUUUUUUUGCGACAUCUUUCCUGUGCAUUUUCCUCAGGUACUAGAUUUACUGUAGAACUCACCAACCUCAGAAACACAGCUAAUGGUUCUGUCCACAGGUUUUCAAAUUACAGUCUGUAUUCAACACGCAAAACAACACGUCAAACACAGUAUAAGCAGGUCAUGUGUUUCAUAUAGUGUUUUACCUGUUCAGAAAAUAGAAAAGGAAAUAGGAAUGGGAUCGUAGGACUUGUCCGUCCAGGAUGAAAAACACACUUAAAGGAGUACUGAUUUAGUCGGGGGACAAGUCAACUUGUCAUGUCAGUUGACUUUAGAAAAGAACCCUGAUGUGUGUAAAUUGGGAGAAUGUUUCUUUAAUUGUUCAGCUGUAAUUUGAUGCUAGCCUCAUCUUCUUUAUUUCCCCUCGUAAAUGUAAUCUAUUACUGAAAGAACAGAUUUUGCUGCAACUAUUUUGAAAACAAAUUUACUUUGCGUCCCUAUGGGAAUUAAGUGAUGCAACCUGUUGAGGUGAGGUUAUCGAUGACGGUGGUUGGAGAAAGAGUUAGUUGACUGGAGCUGGAAUACUGCAUCAAACGUCCUCUGUCUGGAUAAUCAAGAGUAGUCUCCUAUAGCGGACUGCUCAUCCUGAUACUUCUGAUCAGGACUCAGGUAUGUUCUGUGUCCCAUUCUUUCAUCGUGCCACUGACCUGCUGCCAAGACCUUCACGUGUUGUUAUAUUCUCAAAUGACAAUCUAGGAAGUCUGCAUGGUCACUGAUCAGAGAUAUACUUGGUUUGAACUAUGCGUACGCAUCAUGGCUGCUUUGCGUAUCCUGUUUGGUGCAUCGAUUGUGCACGUCUGAAUUUUGUGCUGUGCCCUUUUGUGGAAUACUCGGCAAGUAUGUGAACAAAUGUGUUUAUGACAUCUCUAGUUGUCUGUGUACUUGCACAACAGGAAGUAUAUCUGCAGCCUUGUAGUGUAAUGUUGUGUGUAAACAGUAAAAGAUGAAGACUGAUGUCUUGAGAGGAGCCCCCUCUAUUCUUGAAAAGACCAAAAAACGUCAGGCAGCACAUGGAAACAUUCAGUCACUGAAAAUACUGUGAGAGGAGGCAUUGGUGGGCUGAAGGCCAAGCUGGAGUUUGUGUGUGUUUGUGUGUGUGUGUGUGUCUAUGUGUGUGUGUGUAAAGCAUGGAGGACAAACAGUGAGAAAGUAAAAUGACUAAUAUCUAAGUGCGAGGCAAAUUUAUUAAGACUUGAGCAUGUGCUGUUUUUUCCACAUUCAGCCCAUAUGAAGCUGUAUGUUAUAAUUAAUGUGUCGUGGCCUUAUUGAGCUUUUCAAACCGGCCAGUUGAUGCAAACACUUUGCUUGUGUUACAACUGGUGCGUGAGUUCAUUCGAGCCUCUUGUAUCAAGGCUGUGUGAUGAAUUCGGUACAGCAGAUUCAAAGAGUCCUGAAGGAUUUUGUUGCCUGAAGUGCGCUCAGCAGGGGAGGAGUUAAAACAGCAGAGGAUUUGUUUUGUCAUGUUGACACCACUGCUGAGUAGAACACUUAGAAAAUGAUCAUUUGCCUUUCCCCCUCUAAAACGCACACAAAAACGUCGCCUCGCAGUAGCUGAAGUGUAAGGAAAAAAUGGUUGUUGUACAAGUGCCUGUACAUUUUUUCAAACAUUUUGUACAUAUGUAUUUAUUUAUUUUGCUUUUCUUACAAAAUAGCUCCUAUUAAACUAUUUGCCUCUGUGGCAUCUUUCAUGCGAGGGUGAAGGCUGUUUCUGUGAAAGAGAUAAAUUAUUUGUAUAGAUGUGGUAUAGAAGCAUCCUCAAAGCUAUAAUUUAUUUUAACAUGACCCCCUCCUUAUCCUGUAGCUUUGGUUACAUCAUUGCUGAUAUCUGCUGUCAAGUGUGCGUCGAGUCAGCUGCAGAAAACCCUGUUGUCUUUAACCACAUCUCGUCAAACUGUCGCAAAUCAGAUGUUUGGUUCUUCUUCUUUUCUGGCGCAAACAAGAAACCUCGUCAUUGUGUCAAUUCUGCUUAAUCUGGGAAUUAUUUAACCACUUGUUUCUACUUAUCAGAGUUUUAUUGUUUAACGUUAAACACACUCACUGUAGGUGGAGCUGUUUUCUGUCCCUGUUCUUCUAAAACAAAUAUUGUGUUUGAUUUAAGACAAAAAAAGUCUUAAGGCCAGAAAUCGACAUAUUAUGGUGUGAUUCAUCAGGUUUUUUUGUGUUAUUGUCAUAAAUGCAUUCAGCCAUAACAAAAAGUUGUAUUUCAUUUUCAUUAUAAAAUCAUAUUGUGUAUAAAUAUGCAGUUACCAAAUAGAUUUUUAUACAAAAUAAAAGAGCUGCAU